CACCAGAUAUCAACCCCGACCCCUAAAUCCACACCAAGAUAAACCCAUCCAACAACAUCCACCACCACAAACCUCCAAAAUGCCAUAUCCCUCCUCCCCCCUCAUAACAUCCACCCCAAGACUGCACAUCUCCCUCCUAAACCCCACCAAUCCCUUACACAGCCACUUCCUCCACCACCUCUGGACAACCCCAGACUACACGACCUCCUGCGGCCCCUCAGCGAUACAAACCCCCGAAGACGCCACCACCUUCCUAAAAACCCGCAUUCAGGCCCUUUACACAUCCUCCGACUACAAACGCGGCUUCUUCCUCCUCUCCCUGAAACCGCACCCCACCGCCACAUUAUCCGAGAGCGUCCCCAUCGGUACCAUGUCCCUGAUGCAAGGCGCCCCGCCGGACGGGUACACGCUUCCGGACAUCGGGUACUGCGUGCUGCCGGAGCACAGUGGGCGGGGGUAUGCCACCGAGGCUGGGAAGGCGCUGGUGGCGUAUGCGUGCGGCGAGCUGGGACUGGACGGGGUGUUUGCGUUCUGCGAUGUGGGGCAUAUGCGGAGUCGAAGGGUGUUGGAGAAGAUUGGUUUGGAGGAUCGUGGGGCGAGGGAGUUGAGGGUGUUUGGUGGGCAAAGGAGUGCGGUUUAUGCGUUGCCGGGGAUGGAGCGGGAUUUGCGGGUUUAUGGGGUUGAUGAUUGA